GGCCUAGGAAAUGCUGAGCGCGUUCGCGCGGCAGGAAGUGGAAGGAACGUGGGUUUGGUGAACGCGCCUCCCCCCCUCUGUGGGGACCGGAAGCGGAAGCGGCGCGAGGAGUCUGGGGGAACCGGAGACUGAGGGAGAGCGAGGUGUUAACGUGCGAGAUGACGUUAUCCAUCUAACACUGUGUGACAAGAAUAUUCCUUCAGUAGUGGAAAUGGUGCUGUAAGAAUGCCGAUUUGAUGGUCUCCUUCCCUGCAUGAGAAGGUUUGCAGUUUGAAUCCUCCUCCAUGAACUGACAACUAAGCAGCCAUCCUGUGAAUGCAGCGUUGACCUCCCUAGUGAGUAACUGAGUAAGGCAACAUGGAGGAGUCUCACUUUAACUCCUCGUAUUUCUGGCCGGCAGUGCCUACAGUUUCUGGACAGACAAUACCCUACUCGUAUCCCUCACAGCAGAUUGACAACUCCAUGUUCCUGAACAAAGUCAAGGAGCAGCUGAUCCAGGAGAAAGGAUGCAACCUGAGCUCACACUACCCAACUCUCCUCACUGUUCCCACCUCCAUGUCUCUGCCUGCGGGGAUCAGUUUGGACGCCAACAACAAGGUGGAGCUUCAUGGAAUCCAGCAGAGCCAAUCAUCUGUCACGCAGAACAUCACUGUGCUACCUGUGCCCACCACCGGGCUUAUGACAGCCACGGGCCUGGUGAUUACGUCUCCUUCUGGAUCCUUGGUGACCACCCCAUCAUCUUCAGGCCAGACAUUUCCAAUCACUGCCCCAUCCACAAUGAUCGUCUCCGCGCUGCCUGGUUCCCAAACUCUGCAGGUGGUGUCAGAUCUCACAAAGGCCAAAAUCUGUGAAGUGGGUACUACAGGGACCCACAAAUCAGGCCGGGGCCGGAAGAAGAAGCGGCUCCCAGAACCCACUUUGCCUGACCUUAAUGACCCCUAUGACCUUUCCAACGAGGAUGAGGAUGAGCAUCAAAAAGAUGGGAAGACCUAUCGGUGCCGCAUGUGUUCCAUCACCUUCUUCUCCAAGUCAGAGAUGCAGAUUCAUUCAAAGUCUCACACGGAAACAAAACCACACAAGUGCCCGCACUGCUCCAAAUCAUUUGCUAAUAGCUCCUACCUAGCCCAGCAUGUGCGUAUUCACUCUGGAGCUAAGCCCUACAGCUGCACCUACUGUCAGAAAGCUUUCCGCCAGCUCUCUCACCUCCAGCAGCAUACACGGAUCCACCUGAAGGUUCAUGGUGCUGUAUCCAAGCCCCACAAGUGCCCGCACUGCUCCAAAACCUUCUCCAACAGCUCCUACCUGUACCAGCACGUGCGCAUCCAUUCGGGGGCAAAGCCCUACUACUGCAACUUCUGUCAGAAGUCCUUCCGCCAGCUCUCUCACCUCCAGCAACAUACACGGAUCCACACGAAGGUGCAUAGUAUUGUAUCCAAGCCAUACAAGUGCCCGCACUGCUCCAAAACCUUCGCCAACAGCUCCUACCUGCACCAGCACUUGCGCAUCCAUUCGGGGGCAAAGCCCUACAACUGCAACUUCUGUCAGAAGGCCUUCCGCCAGCUCUCUCACCUCCAGCAACAUACUAGGAUUCACACCGGAGACAGACCAUACAAAUGUGUUCAUCCUGGCUGUGACAAAGCUUUCACCCAGCUUUCCAACCUGCAGUCUCACCGGAGGCAGCACAAUAAAGACAAACCUUUCAAGUGCCACAAUUGUCACAGAGCGUACACCGACGCGUCUGCCUUGGAGGUCCACCUGUCGACUCAUACCGUCAAGCACGCGAAAGUCUACACCUGUUCCAUCUGCAGCCGCGCAUAUACUUCUGAGACUUAUCUGAUGAAGCAUAUGAGAAAACACAAUGCUCCUGAACCCCAGCAGCCGCCUCCAACGCAAAUUUUGACUUCACAUGCACAUUUCACCCCAGUCUCUCAGGCCCCUACUUCUGAUGGGCCUCAGUGCUCCUUUGACAUGAAUCCCUUCAAGACUGACCAUCACAAAGACUUGUGUCUGACUGUGGCCACCAGCACAAUCCAAGUGGAACAUCUUGCCAGCUCCUAGUUCUAUUUAAGGGGACAAGUAGGCCCCUAUGUUAAGAGGAUAGGGGGACUAUGAUCUGACUCAUUGUAGGAAGAAGAGAAAGAAUGGGUUCUCAGCCAGCCUCAACUUUUGGGAUGGGGUGGGGGUUAAAAAGGACAACAAACUCAGCCCAACAUUAUAGGGGGAGGGCGCUACUCUGAGGAAGCCUUAAUUUGAGGAAAGAUGGAUGAAGCAUUAAGCUUACCCCAGCUGUGAUACGCAUUGGGGAGCAGGUUGUUACUGUUCAUGGGCAGAAUGAAAUAGGUGCCCUGUGUAUCAAUUGGUGGAAAAUGAGCUUGUGGUGUUGCAUUUAAUGCCAACACAACAUCACAGUGCAGUGGCUGUACACAAAAACCGUGGCCAUCACCUCACUAAGCUAGAAGGUAGUAGCCAAUCAUUGCUUAGGAUGCUCUGGUGAACAUCUAGGAUACCCAAACUUGGCAAGGCUGCACUUCCAGUGUAACCUCACUUGCUGCGAAUUCUGGGCUUCCCGGGUGUAACCUAACACAAAGCUGCCAUUGAAUCCUUUCCUGGAGUGGAGAUGGUUAAUGCUUCAGUUGCCUCAUGUUACAGACAUGGAAACCCAGCCACACACAACAUGGGCAGGUUCUCCCAGCCGGACUAAAGGAGAGCAGAAAGAUUUGGGUUUCUUGGACUUACUAUUUUAUACCCUGAGAAUUAAAUGGGGACCGGGGUGGGGGGGGGACACUUUGUAUUAUGUAUUAUUAUGUUAUCCUUAUUUGGUUCCUAUUCUUCCUCCAUUAACACCCUACCUGGAAGCACAGUGCUUGCAGAAGGGUUGGGACUGAUGCUACAGAUCUCUAGCAAGGGAGAAGUUCAUGGAUUUUCGCUCUGCAUUAAAAGUUUAUAUUAGAUAGUUCUGCUAAUCUGCCAGGCAACGAGCGUGCAGCCUGUAUCCUGGAUAUAAUUAUGUAUAAAUAUAUUCAGAACAAAGUGUA